GUGGGGCAGAGCUGGGUAACAAAAUGGGCCCUAAGUGUGUGUGUGGGAUGCUUCAUAUGUCUCUAGGAAAUGGCAUGGACCUCCUUAUUACAGUUGCUAAGACCUACUUCCAAACUAGUCUAGGAAGGCAUGGACAGGUGUAUCAUUUUCCACGAUUGUUUUAUACCAAGCCAUGUUUAAAAUCAGCCUGCCAAGGUUGCAUCAUAAUUGCUAGGCAGCUCUUUGGGAACAGGUCUCUAAAUGUCUGUGCAAUCCUCUCUCCAAAUUCUAGGCGAAAGUGAUGGAGGACCCAACGGGACGUUCAGACUUCUAUAUUGGAUUGGGUUUGGCGCUCAGCUCCAGCUUGUUCAUCGGAGGAAGUUUUAUCCUGAAAAAGAAGGGGCUUCUCAGGUUGAAUAGCAGAGGUGGUGUCAGAGCAGGGCUCGGUGGCCAUGCCUACCUGAGGGAAUGGCUCUGGUGGGGAGGCCUGUUGUCUAUGGGAAUUGGAGAAGCUGCCAACUUUGCAGCCUAUGUUUUUGCCCCAGCAACACUAGUCACUCCUUUGGGGGCUUUGAGUGUUUUAGUCAGUGCAGUGUUAGCCUCGUACUUCCUGAAUGAGCACCUCAAUCUCCAUGGGAAGAUAGGCUGUCUCCUGAGUAUCUUAGGUUCCACUGUGAUGGUGAUCCAUGCACCACAGGAAGAAGAGGUCGCCAGUCUGGAGUCGAUGGCAGAGAAACUGAAAGAUCCAGGAUUCAUAGUGUUUGCCGUGUGUAUGCUGAUGAGCGUAAUCCUUCUCAUCUUUGUGGCUGGACCUCGCUAUGGGCAGAGCAAUGUCCUGGUGUACGUUCUGGUCUGCUCAGCCAUCGGUUCGCUCUCCGUCUCCUGCGUCAAAGGCUUGGGCAUUGCCCUGAAAGAGCUGUUCGCUGGGAAACCUAUCUGGAAAGAACCCUUGGGCUGGAUGCUUUUGGUCGGCCUUGUGAUUUGCAUCAGCAUCCAGAUUAACUACCUCAACAAGGCCUUGGAUAUCUUCAAUACCUCUCUGGUCACACCCAUCUAUUAUGUCCUCUUCACCACAGCUGUUAUAACAUGCUCUGCCAUUCUGUUCAAGGAGUGGCAGCACCUGGUCUUAAUGAACAUCAUCGGCACCCUAAGUGGUUUUCUCACAAUAGUUCUUGGCAUCUUCCUCUUGCAUGCUUUCAAAGACGUCCCUUUUACGGCGGACUUGCUGCCUGUCUUCCUGAAGCACGACCGAACAAAUGCGCACACCGCUUCUUGGAGAAAAAGGGACAGGCACCCAUCCUGUCUCCACGAACCCCUUUUGGACUCAGAGCAUGUCCUCAAAGAGAGAACAGAGAAAGGGGAGGAACAGAAUGGCCAAAGCGUAUGAAAAGUGACCUAUUACACAAACACAUGACAACCAGCGAAUGAACACUUCCAAGACUUACUGCUGCUUUCCUGAGAAUUUGAAUCAGACGCCAUUUAUAAACACUGGAGUAUUUGGGACCUUCCCCCCCUCCAAUA